AUCCAGCUUACAGGAAAAGUAAUCAAAAAAUGUCAUCUUUUUCUUUUGAUGGGGAUGCCGAACUUGCUAGAGACUUACAAGAUUCAAGCAAAUUUGGAAAAGAUGAGAAGAGUAUAGAUGUACCAUUUUUUGAUUUUGAAAGCAUAGUGGCUGCCACAAACGACUUCUCUAACCUAAAUAAGCUUGGACGAGGAGGGUUUGGAUCUGUCUACAAGGGAAAGUUUAUGGGAGGACAAGAAAUAGCUGUCAAGAGGCUCUCAAGGAGUUCUGGACAAGGUCUAGAUGAAUUAAAAAAUGAGGUCUUAUUGAUUGCAAAACUUCAGCAUAGAAAUCUUGUUAGACUUCUUGGGUAUUCUAUUCAAGGAGAUGAAAAAAUUUUGCAUUAUGAAUACAUGCCCAACAAAAGCUUGGACUCCUUUAUCUUUGGUGAGAUUCUAAUUCACUUAAAGACCUUUUAAAUCAUCUUUCAUACUAUUCUACAUUUCAGCUUCUU